CGCCGUGAUGUUUAAAUUAAAUUUCAUGUAAAAAUAAGAAGUUGACUGUUUUAAUCAUUUAUUAUUAUUUUCUUUUGUGCCACAUGGUGUUAAAAUACCCUUUUUAUUACACAAAUGAGAAUUUUGGAAAGUUUUCAAGGUAGGUCAUUUGUUCCGUUCAAAAAUCCCACCCGUCAAAUUUAAACAAAAGUUCGGCUCUUUUGACCAUAAUUUAAUAGUGUCAUAAUUUGAUUAUCCAAACAACAAUUAAACCAUCGUGGAAAAAGCACUAAAAACCAUUUAAUUACAAACAAAAAAAUCUCCUUUUUUUGGUCAGAUAAAACCGCUGUUUUGCGACUUUCGCCUUUAUGCAGGUGGCACUACGGAAUGUAAAUUGGCGCCAUUUUCUUCCGUAUCCGAGUGUGCAAACUUGUUCAAUUCGAAAUUAACUUACAAUGAUGGACUUUUUGAACUCUUUCAAGUCCUUAGUGAAGGUAGAACAGAUCCGUACUGAUAAUAAUGUGUUCCGUUUGCAUUAUAAACUGACGGUGAUUAUGUUGAUCGUAUUUUCCAUACUUUUGACCAGCAAGCAGUACUUCGGGGACCCCAUCAAAUGCAAAGUGGAAGAGGACAAGGAGAUUAUCGAGACAUUUUGCUGGAUCCACGGGACGUACAUCCGCCGGGACACCUUAUCAGGGAAAAGUGGCUACAUUCCGGGUCUAGGGCCCGAUCAUCGCGACGUCCGUCCCUGGAUGAGGGACCCCGACGGUAAGAUAAUCUGGCAGAAGUACUACCAAUGGGUCUGCAUCGUCUUCUGCUUCCAAGCGCUUUUAUUCUACUUGCCGAGAUAUUUGUGGAAAACGUGGGAAGGGGGCCGCUUGAGACUCCUCGUAAGUGACUUGAAUACCCCCCUAGUGAACGCCUCCUGGAACCCCACCACCAAAACCCAAAUGAUCCAGUACAUAAUCAACGGGAAAUAUUUUCACACCCUGUAUGCGAUCAGAUACGUCGUGUGCGAAAUCCUCAAUUUGGUCAAUGUGAUUUUGCAGAUUUUCCUAAUAGACACGUUCCUAGGGGGGCAAUUCGCCCUCUACGGUUUUAAAGUCUUCGCAAAUGGGGAUAUCAACGCAAUGAAUGAAGUUUUUCCGAAAUUGACGAAGUGUCAGUGGAGGUUUUCCGGCCCCUCGGGUACGGAAGUCAACCGGGACGCUCUCUGUAUCCUACCUUUGAAUAUUUUAAAUGAAAAAUUGUUUAUUGUAUUGUGGUUUUGGUUGUUUUUUCUUUCCGGUGUUACUUUCUUGUCGUUGAUUUACCGUUUUGUCGUCGUUUGUGUGCCGAAACUGCGCGUUUAUCUUCUAAUGGCGCAAGCGAGAUUUAUCGGAAGUAAACAAGCUACUUGCAUUAUAAAAAAAUUUAGCUAUGGUGACUUUUUCGUUUUGUAUCAUGUUGGAAAAAAUGUUAACCCGAUUGUUUUCCGGGAACUAGUUUUAGGUAUUUAUGAAACGCUCAAAGAAAAAAAUCCCUAUGUUUACCCCGGAAAUGAAGUCAAUACGAUUUAAAGUGUUCCUUGAAAACUUAUAACUUAAGUUACCAAUUUCUCGUUAAUUUUCUAAGUUAAAUUAGUUUGUUUGAUGUAACUUUAAAUCAUAAAUUUUGGACUUGGGACCCAAAUUCAAAAAUUCUCUGAAGUUAUCGUUACAUCACCAGUGUGUUCAUGAAAAAUGUUUUUUUUUUAUUUAAACAAAAUGUACUUUCAUAAGUUUUUUCUAUUUUUGUUAAUAAAAUAGUUACAGUUAA